UAUAUUCAUUAAGUGAUUAUGCCAAGUCCAAUCUGGUUGCUUUUCCUCUUAGGAGUUGCGACUGUAGCUUCCGAUAAAGUUGACUAUGCCACAUCGACACAAGAUAUUGCUUCUCUGUUGCAAAUGGAAGACGAGCUAAUUGGAUAUAUGCGGCAGUAUGUGCAGAAAUUGCAGCACAAGAUCGAUAGAAUGAGGAAUGUGCAGGAAGAGUGGAAGACUAGGCGAGAGCAAAUGCAAACUAAUCCCGAACAAUAUGUGGCCAAUCCUUUGAUAAGCUAUCCACUGAUGUUACGAAUGCAUGUAGAUGCUCCCAAAUGGCUUGAACUUGCUCGUCAGGAUACAGAGAAGAACCCCCUUCAAAAGUUAGUUGACCAAGACUUGACCGGUGUUACGGACACGGAUCUUCAAAAUGCCACUCGGGAGCUGUUGCGUUUGCAGGAUGCCUACAGCCUGGAUGAAAGGGAUAUGGCAAAUGGAAAACUGUGUGGAAAACAAUACGAGUCAAAGCUAAGUGCUGCAGAUUGCUUGGCAAUAGGAACGCAUCUAGAUGAUCUGAAACAUGGCAACCAGGGUUGCAAGUGGCUAAACAUUUCCCUAGAGCAGUACGAGGAGCACAUGGAUCCUGUAUAUAAGAUAUUGAAAACUGGACGCUUUCAUAUUUGGGAGAAAAUGGGCAAUAUUCUACUUGAAAUGGAUAACCUGAAUGGCAGUCAAUCAGCUUUUAAGAAGUCGUUGGAAUGGGCCACGAAGGAGGACGAUACUUGGCUGGUCAACCAUUUGUUGGAAAACUUGGCUUACAUGGCCGUGCAUGAGGACAAUUGUCGGGGUAAAAAUAUACUCCCAGUAAAGUCCUUCCUACGCUGUCGCUACUCUACAGAAGGAUUCCCAUUCCUUCGCCUUGCUCCAUUUAAAUUGGAGCAGCUCAGUCUGGAGCCUUUUGUUGGAAUCUAUCACGAUGUCAUCUCUCCAGCGGAGCAGGACGAUUUAAUAAAACAGACGCAGUCCAGACUAGAGGAUCGGGGAACGCAUCUUAAAUUUGUGGAAGCCGCUGUAGAGAAUAAUGCAUCCAAUUAUAUGAUACGUCUGCACCAAAGGAUCCAGGAUAUGACAGGACUGGAACUGGGAGAGAGUGAACCUUUAAUGGUAUCCAAAUUUGGUAUUGAAGAUCAGCAUUUCAUUCGCUUGGAUUGCCAGCAGCCCAAGAGCGUUAUUGAACCGUUCCCGAAGGAGUAUCGUGCGGCUACUGUUUUGCUUUAUCUAACUGAUGUCCAAAUCGGCGGCUUUGCCUCUUUCCCUGCCCUUGAAUUUGGCUUUAAACCCAAUCGUGGAUCGGCCUUGGUAUGGCACAACAUGGACAGCUCUGGGAAUUGUGAUAUCCGAAGUCUGCAGGCCACCUGUCCGGUGCUCCUUGGAACGCAGUGGGUGGCCACAAAGUGGAUCAGUGGGUCAGGCCAGUGGCGCAGGAAGCCGUGUCGGAAGUAAAGUAAAGGCGGGUUUACCAUUAAAUUCUUGUUUUUUUUUUUUUCCACAUUUGCGAUAAUUUAUUCAAUAAUUUUGUCGUUAUUUAUAUUAUGAUAAUAAAUUUU